GCUUUUCUUCCCGCUGCAGCCCGAAAUUUCCCCCAAGCAAGCCGCCGGCACCAGCCUUGAGAAACCGGUGAGAUAAGCUUGGUUUUCUCCUUCCUUUCUUGCUCUAGAACACACCUAAAACCCAGAAAUCUUCCCCCCUGCUGGAAAAGCCGGAUCUGCCCUGCUCUGCUUUGUCCUUCCGCCGGCUGCUCUUGAUUGUGGGUGAUUUCUGGGCAUUUUUUUCGAUCCGUGAGUUUCUCCCUUGCACUGCCGCCGGCUUCUUCCCCCUGCUAGGUCCGGUUCUUGCUGGAAAAUUCUGGUUCCCGAUCGUUCUGUCAGUUAGUGCGUGAAUUGAGUACUCGGUUUUAUGCGAGUGAGGAAAUGAAAUCGAGGACGGGGAAACCACGGGAAGUGACGAGUUAGAAGACUAGCCAUUUCGAGAUUGAUAUAGAUUUUUAGAAAUAAAUCAUGAUCUUGUAUUUGGAGAUUUUAUGAUAUCAGAGAGAAUUUUAUAAUUUGAUCUUCAGAUUUUGGUGGUAUCAGAGUGUGAUAUGAUAAGUUCCGAGCCUUGUGCACUUGUGGGAUCCGUCUCACGAGUGUACGACGUCUGUCGCGCCUCGGAUUUGGGUUUUGGGGCGUGACACCUACAUUUAAAAUAACAAUUUUAUUUUACUUUUUUAUAUUUCAAAUUAACAUUCUUGUUGGUCAAAAAAUGCUAAGUGGAGCAACUAUUUCCAAGCCAAUGGAAGCCAAUCUAAAGUGCUUGCUGUCGAAUCCAUCUCCUCUACUGCUGUUGAAGCCAUCUACUUUGCUAUUACUAGAUCCAUCUGCUCUGUUGCUACUGUCGAAGACAUCUGCUUUGUUGCUGUUGCUGCCGAAGCUUGUUGCCGAAUCCAUCUCCUCUGCUGUUGCUGAAGCCAUCUACUUUGUUGUUGCCAGAUCCAUCUGCUCUGCUGCUGCUGCCGAAGCCAUCUGCUCUGUUGCUGCUGGAUGCAUCUGCUUUGCUGCUACCGGAUCCAUCUACUCUAUUGCUGUCAGAUCCAUCUGCUCUGCUGCUACUACUGAAGCCAUUUGCUACUGCUUAGCGGUGUUCGCGGUGUGGUUUGGUUCAAAUUUUAUUAUUUUUUAAACCAAUCUAAUUUAAUCGAUUAAUAAAAUUUUUAAACCAAU